AUGAAGACCCCCAACAUGAACGUGCAGGCAGAGCAGAAUGCAGCCGCAAGUACCUCCGCUCCUUCGACAACUGCUUGGACUACAGCAGCGCAGGCGCCACAGCAGAUCACCUCCUUCUUUGGGCCCGCCCACACCUCUUCUACGCAAGAGGCUCCUACUCCUGCUCCUGCUGAUCUAAAGGCAGCAGGAGCUGGAGCUGCAACAGGCGCCAACAUGACAGCCCCCGCAUCGCCUCAACAGCAGCCAGUUGCUCUCUUGCUCUCAGCAGCACGUGCGAGCACCGCAGCAGACGAGUCAACGCGCACCAGCCAAGCAUCUCAGCUGGUGGUGGACAUGGUGGACCAGGGGCCCAGCCCUUCCGUCGGCACGGAACAACGAUCCAACUUUGGUGGGCGGCAACCCGGAGCGCCUCCAUCAGGAGCAGCACCGGCGCCAGCUCCAGCACCGGUGCCAGCUUCAGCAUCGGCGCCAGCUCCAGCAUCGGCGCCAGCUCCAGCACCGGCGCCAGCUUCAGCAUCGGCGCCAGCUCUAGCACCGGCAGCAACAACGCCGACAGCGGGAGGAGCGCCGGUGGCCAACGAUGCUGCAUCCGGCGACAUGAUGUUUCCCGGAGAGACAAAGUGGGGAGAUGGGUUCGGCGGAGGUACGCCGGCACAGAACAAGGGCAAGAGGAAGAAAGGGCAGCUGGAGUUGGAGCCGCCGAACUUCCCGAUCCCCGAGCUUGGUGGUGGAAGCCAAAGGAAGCGCUACCCUCUGAAGUUUAAGGUGGAUGCGGUAAGGUACUCACAGAGGAAGAUCAAGGGGGCGCAAGGGCCGAACGGGACUGUUGGGAUAACCUACGCGUCCAGGAUCCUGAAGAUUCCAGACAAGGCGACGUUGGCGGCGUGGACGCACACGGCGGCCGAGCGUGAGGUCGUGGACUGGGUCAACGAGCUGCGUUCUGAAGGCAUCUCCGCCCGUGUUUCGACGAAGAUGAUCAAGAACAAGGCCGUCGAACUCAAUCCAAACUUCUUCGGGGAGAGGCCGGCGCCAUCCGAUCUCCAGGGCUCCCUCAAGUACAAGAACAGGCAGAACCAGUGGCGCAGAAGGUUUCUCAUGGUCUACCGCUUCUCUGUGCGAGCUGUCACCCGGCAAGGCCAGAAGCUUCCUUCUGGCUGGCCUUUGGUCGCCAUGCAGGCGAUCGAGGAGUGGAGGAGGCUGAACGGAGGCGGGAGUGGCGCUAGUGUUCCUCCGCGUCUCAAGUUCGCCUUGGCGCAGAUCGGCAAUGUGGACGAAACCCCUACGUGGUUCGAGAGCCCGGGGAAGGACACUGUGAACGCCACGGGCGAGAAGGAGAUUGCAAUCAAAACCGGCGGCAAGGAGAAGACGCGCAUCACUUCGGUCCUGACCGUGUUCGCCGACGGCAGCAAGCUGCCUCCCCUCCUCAUCUUCAUGGGCCAGCCCACUCCGAAGGGAAAGUCCCCCGCCGCCAACAGCAUCGAGCGCGAGUUCAAGAACUACAAGCACAGGAAGGGCUACGCGUACCCGCGAGGUAUGGCCUACGCCGUGGACCCCAAGGGAUGGCACUCCCAGCGGGUGCUCGACGACGUGUGGGUGCCGCAGGUGUGGAACCGGCGGCCGGGGCGGCAGGGCCGCCUCGGCGGCUCCCGUCAGCCUGACACGCUUCUGGCGUGGGACGACUACACCGUCCACAAGACGAAUGCGUCUACCAAGGCGAUGGAGGAGUCCAACACGACGCUGUUCCACAUCCCGGGAGGCCUGACUCCAAAGCUCCAGCCGUGCGAUGGCCUGGUCAACAAGCUCUUCAAGGCAAACAUGUCCAGGCUCUACGACGACCACAUGGCUUCCAAGGACGUCACGCGCAAUGACCGGGGCUACCCGGAGCCCACUUCGCGGGGUUUGGUCGCACAGUGGGCUGGCCUUCUGCUGCCCGUCGACGGGUCGGAAGACGAGGCCUGGGCCAACAUGGAGCUCCGCACCAACGCCAAGGGGGAGCCCAUCGGCGUGCCAUCGGACGCUGCGGACAAGGCUGACUCGUCGUCCGGAGGCGAGAACUUGCUGGAGGUGUUGGACAUCGACGAUGGUGACGACACGGGCGUGGUGGUGGUGGACGUGAGCAGCGACGAGGGCGAGGGGCUGUGAUCAUCGGCAGCAAUGCUGGUGUUGAGAAAAUGACUUGUGGUGUCCUUCUCAUGUUUCCUCGGGUUUUUCCUGGCGUACCUUUCUGUUCCUUCCGUCGUCUUUGAGUGGGUGUGAAGAAGCUGUCGGCUGUUUUCUUCGCCGCGUGGAAUGCAACGUUGAUGUGUCUCGUAUUCAGUGUAGAAUUGCGGUUUAUGGUCGUUGAUUCUUGUUCGUGGUGUCUUUGCGUAGCUCUCUUUUCGUCGUACCCAAAGCAAGGCAAGCAGCAGCAAACGUUUUUGUGAGGGGGGCAGGAAGGAUGGCUCACGCAGUCUGUGGCCACCGCCAAUCAUCGUAUCGGUCGAGGUACCUUCGAUUUUUUAUUUCUUCUUGCUCGACUCAAGCCCGUAUUAUGUUUCAAACUUUUUUGGCGAUGAGAGGGUUGAGUUAUCGCCGAGGUCAUGUGCUCAGGAGUUUCGUCAUCUCGGUUGUUUUUCCACGCCCCUUUAGGUAGGUCCCUACACUGCACGUGUAUCGCGGCAGCAGCUCGGCCGAGACGGCGGGCCCAGCCUCACGUUCAGCGAGGGCAGGCGGGGGGGGGAGCAAGAGGGAUUUUGGUGAGAGAGCACCCCGACGUUCUCCUCAGUCAUGCGGUGUGAGGGUGUCAUUGUUGUUGUCUUUCGUUCGUCAAAUUCUCACCAUACGUGGAACACGCUUGGAUUUCAGUUCAGGUGGCGGCGACCGUGUUUUUUUGGUCGCUUCGCGCAACCUGGCCUCGUUUGGUCUCUCACUCUCUUUGCUCUCUCUAAUCUCACACACACAUCUGUUGUUGUGUUGUCCCAAUCGGCAGAUCUCCCUGGCCUAUCUUACCGCCGCCCGCACGAGUUGGAAGACACCGGGCGGCCGAGAGAGCUGCUUGAGGCGCAGUGCAUGCCUAUCCCCCGAGGUUACCAACGCUCAAGGUGUUGGUGCGUGAGAUUGGAUCUCAUGUGCUUAUUUUGCCCAGAAAACUGAACUUCUCCCCUCAUAUCAAUAUCAGCUCCAAGACCAAGCAGUUUGCCAAAAUGCGUAGGAGCUCCAAGAUCUAUCCUUGUUUGCCCCAGAAAACAAACUUCUCCCAAGACUUCAGCUCCAAGAUCGCCCCUAAAGCUAGGCUUCUCCCCUGGCUUAAGGUCCAGC